AUGCCAAAAGAAUCAAAGAAGAGUAUCACGUGUGAAAUAGGCGAUAUUCAUCACAACAACAUUCUGGUUAAGUCAUUUGAUGACGUAUGUCAGGGUAAUGAGCCAUCGUACACACUGGUGCCACUGCCAUUCCACGAAUUCAAGUUUCUCAGAACCAGAAACCAGCGAUUUGAAAUGAUUUAUUCGAGUGAGACAUUUGUGCUCACAUUUGAAAUCAAACAGAUUCCAGUGGAGUAUCCUGAUGAAAUCAUAUUCGUGAAUGUGUGUUGUAUGAACCACUUCAGAAACAGGAAACUAAGGAUAGAAGACAGUAAGACAGAUCGGGUAGUAGUAAUUGAUGUAGAGUAA